CUGUUGUCGUCGUCUACUUUUUUGGAAAUUGCUGUAGAAAAUGGCUGCAGCGAUGGCAAGUAAUGAGGACAUUUUCAUGUGUCCUUUUUGUUUGGACUUUCUGAAGGAUCCGGUGACUCUCAACUGUGGACACAAUUUCUGUUUGGGUUGUAUUGAAGACUGCUGGAAUGAGGAAGAUGUGAAGGGUAUUUACAGCUGCCCCCAGUGUAGACAGACUUUCACUCCAAGACCCGUUUUAAAGAAGAAUAUUAUUAUUGCUGAGCUCGUGGAUCAAAUGAAAAAGAGCAGAAUACAAACUGCAGCUGCUGUUGAAUGUGCUGCUGGACCUGGAGAUGUGGCAUGUGACGUCUGCACCGGGAGAAAACUCAAAGCUGUCAAGUCCUGUCUGGACUGUGCGUUAUCGUACUGUGACACUCAUUUGAACGUUCACAAUGAACUUAAUCCAGGUAGAAACCACAUCAUGGUUGAUGCCACAGGCCAGCUACAGGAGAGGAUCUGUCCCCGUCAUAAGAAGGUUUUUGAAAUAUUCUGUCGCACCGACCAGAGUUGCAUCUGUCUUCUGUGUACGAUGGACGAUCAUAAAGGCCACGACACGAUCACAGCCAGGGCAGAAUGGAGUCAGAAAAAGGAGGGGUUGGGGCAGAGCCAGAGGAGAUGCCAGCAGAUAAUCCAGUUGAAGGAGAAGGAGCUGCAGGAGCUGAGGAAGGCUGUGGAGACUCUCAAGUCUGGUACACAGACAGCAGUGGAGGAGAGUGAGAGGAUGUUUACUGAGAUGAUCCGCUCCAUUGAGAGAAGGUGCUCUGAGGUGACAGAGCUGAUCAGAGCUCAGGAGAAGGCUGAGGUGAAUCGGACUGAAGGAGUCCUGAAGCGACUGGAGCAGGAGAUUGCUGAGCUGAAGAGGACAGAUGCUGAGAUGAAGCAGCUUUCACUGACCCAGGAUCCCAUCCAUUUCCUCAAGGCCUUACAGCACGAUAUCAACCAGCGUGACCAUACUGAUUCUGAACUCCCAGUCAGAAGAGCACACAGUAACUCGCGGCUGAAACCAGAGAAUUCCUGUACCUUCACUCUGGAUCCAAACACAGCACACAGAAAACUCCAUCUGUCUGAGGGGAACAGGAGGGUGGAGAGGAGAGAUGAGGUCCAGUCAUAUCCUGAUCAUCCAGACAGAUUUGAUGGGUGUUAUCAGGUGCUGUGUAGAGAGGGUGUGUCUGCACGCUGCUACUGGGAGGUUGAGUGGAGUGGAGAUGUUUAUAUAGCAGUGUCAUAUAAAAGCAUCAGCAGGAAAGGAGCGGGUAAGGAGUGUGGGUUUGGAUGUAAUGAUCAGUCCUGGAGGCUGGACCUCACCAUGUCCAGCUCCUUUUUCUAUCACAAUAAUAAAGUGACUAAACUCUCUCUAGUGGCCAGCUCCAGAAUAGGAGUGUAUGUGGAUCACAGGGCAGGAACUCUGGCCUUCUACAGCAUCUCUGGAGACACAAUGACCCUCCUGCACAGAGUCCACACCACAUUCACACACACACUCUAUCCUGGGUUUUAUGCAUUUUACGGAUCAUCAUUGAAGCUGUUGUAA